AUGAAACCAGAUUUUUUUUCAUCUCACAGCAAGCCCAUUUCCAUGCACACAUGUGGAGGUGAAAUAACAACAACAGAAGCUACAAGGGAUGAUCUUUACGGUGUAACGCAACAUAAUCACAGCAGAAACAUAAACCGGUUUCUGAAAGAUGCGGAAAAUGUCCCUUCAAUGAUGACGUUGCAUCCCUCACUAGUUACUCACUUAGUCGUUCAUCAGACGAACAACAUUUUUCGGUUUCCCAAAAACACUCACACAAGCUUGGGUUUAGAGGAAAGCAGUUGUAAGUGA